UGAUGCCCAGGUUUGACCACGCAGUGGAGGUUUACAUUGGGAGGAAAAGGGAAGGCGAGUUUGAGACUCGUGAAGCUGUAGCGAAGCCUGGAGCUAGAGUGCAGGCACUGGAUAGACGGGUUUUGCCGGCGUAGGGGGCUGCCCCCUCGAGAGCGAGGUGCCCAAGGACCCCUGCUGAUAAACACGGUACGCUGCCGGGCCUCCCUAACUCCCGUAGGUCCAGACUGUUGCUAUCAUCAAGGAGCUGUUUAUGGAGCCACCUCCCCACGGACCAGCCUCCAGUGUCCCUAUCUACUCUCCCUACAACCAAAGCUCAUGAGGCCCUCCCUCCAGGGUUUUCAGCCUAGCGGGGACUGGGAAGCUCGAGCUGGGGAAUGCUAACCAGCACGCAGCUCUCGCCGCUCCAGCCUUGAGGGGAAGUCAGUGAUGGAUAUGGCUGCUCUCUCCAACCUGGCAUCGAACCAGUUAACUAACCUCCACCUCCACAGAGCAGCCUUCUACAGGGGCCAACCCUCCGCCUUUGCGGGAGGAGGAGCCGCUGCCGGUUCAGUGUUUUCAUUGGUGAUUGUGAUCGGGGCCUUCCAGGACCCACCAAUCCAGGAGCAGGAAGGUGGUCUUGGUGGAGGGCAGCGAGCGCCUGGGAGGCUGGAUCCGCUCGGUACGAGGGCCAGAUGGUGCUGUCUUUGAACUUGGACCUCGAGGAAUUCGGCCGGCGGGAGUCCUGGGAGCCCGGACCCUGCUCAUGGACGUGUGGAGCAGGUUUCCGAGCUUGGCUUGGACUCAGAAGUGUUGCCUGUCCGGGGAGACCAUGCAGCUGCCCAGAACAGGUUCCUGUAUGUAGGUGGCGCCCUGCACGCCCUGCCCUCUGGCAUCAGGUGGCGUCUCUAGCCAUGGACAGUCUUUGCCGUGGAGUGUUUGCAGGCAACAGCCGUGAGCUCAGCAUCAGGUCCUGCUUUCCCAGUCUCUUCCAAGCUGAGCAAACCCAUCGUUCCAUAUUACUGGGGCUGCUGCUGGGGGCAGGGCGGGUCCCACAGCCAGACUCAGCACUUAUUCGCCAGGCUCGGGCUGAGCGUUGGAGCCAGUGGUCACUCCGUGGAGGGCUGGAGACAUUGCCUCAGGCCCUUAACACCCACCUGACUAGUAGGGGUGUCAGUGUUCUCAGAGGCCAGCCAGUCUGUGGGCUCAGCCUCCAAGCAGAAGGGUGCUGGAAGGUGUCUCUAGGGGACAGCAACCUGGAGGCUGACCACAUUAUUAGUGCCAUUCCAGCUUCAGUGCUCAGCAAGCUGCUCCCUGCUGAGGCUGCACCUCUGGCUCAUGCUCUGAGUACCAUCACUGCUGUGUCUGUGGCUGUGGUGAAUCUACAGUACCGAGGAGCUCGUCUGCCUGUCCAGGGAUUUGGACAUUUGGUGCCAUCUUCAGAAGACCCAGGCAUCCUGGGAAUUGUGUAUGACUCAGUUGCUUUCCCUGAGCAGGAUGGGAGCCCCCCUGGCCUCAGACUGACUGUGAUGUUGGGAGGUUCCUGGUUACGGACAUUAGAAGCCAGGGGCAGUGUCUUAUCUCAGGAGCUGUUCCAAAAGGAGGCAGAGAAAGCAGCUGCCACUCAGUUAGGACUGAAGGAGCCACCAAGUCACUGCUUGGUCCAUCUACACAAGAACUGUAUCCCCCAGUAUACUUUAGGCCACUGGCAAAAAUUGGAGUCAGCUACCCAAUUCCUGGCUGCUCAGAAGCUGCCUUUGACUCUGGCCGGAGCCUCCUAUGAGGGGGUUGCUGUCAAUGAUUGUAUAGAGAGUGGGCGCCAGGCAGCAGCUCGUGUCCUGGGCACAGAACCUAAAAGUUGAUCCUCAAACCCCACUUCUUCCUGCCCCUGCUGACAGGGAUUCUCUCACCCACGAAAAUAAAAGUUGCUGGAGCUUG